GUAAACUGAUGUGGCAUGGAAUCGAUGAAUGAGAUUAUUGAUGCACAAACUUUCGGCCACCAGCUGGUUGUGGAAACAAGCGAUUUCAUUGGGCAACCCGGCAAUCCUGAGAGCGAAUCCGAAUGCGAGCCGAGGGAAGUGCACGAGACGGGCAUUAAAUACUUGAAAGCGUCUGCGAUGCAAACACUUAUUGGGAACACAAAUCGCAGUCAUCGCAGCAAUCGAUUAAUCGAAGAUGAUGAGGAGCAGGAGGAGCUGGAAGAGGAGGAGGAAGAGCAGGAGGAGCUGGAAGAGGAGGAGCAUGAGCUGGAGGAGGAGGAGCAAGAGUCUCGAUCUGUGGUGAUGGUCAUCGAUGAACUGGGUCACAGCAAUUAUCAAUUGAUGCCACAACAGUCAGGGAGCAGAACAAUACCAACAAUGUCCUCGCUGCUACCCUCCAUGCAUCAGCGCAACAGUCCCGUCGAUUUUGUCGGUUCCGAGCUGAGUUUGGAUGGCUUGACCAAUACUCAGAUCAUAGCCGUCAAACAAGAGCACAAAUUGGUCAUUGUUGAGCGUGGAAAUAAUCGCAAUUUGAAUGUCAUUGAUGAGUUGUCCGAGGAUGGAGGGGGCAUCGCCAGGGGUGCAGGGGUGGGCGUUGAGGAGGUCACUCUGAAUCAGCAUCAUCAGCAGCUGCUGCAGGAACAGUCUCAUAAUCAUCAUCAUCAGCAACAGCAGCAGCAGCAGCAUGCGCAACAUCACCAGCAGUAUGAAACGGAAUUACAUCAUCAUCAUCAGAGCCACACUCAUCAUAAUUCAAGCACUACCGCUACGCACUCGCGUCGCUUGCAGCUGCUUAGUCAACGCGAGGAAUUGUCGGUUAUUGUGCCCACGCUGCCCGAUGACGAGGAUAACGAUAACGAUAUCGAUGACGAUGAUGAGGAAGAUGAGCGCGAUGCCGGCGUACAUUUGCUUAGUCCCACAGAGCAGAGCACCUAUCAAACGUUAACAGCCGUCAACAACAACAAUAACAAUAAUAAUAACAAUAACAACAGCAGCACCCACAGCAGCACUACCAGCAGCAAUACCAACAACAAUAACAAUCGCAUAUCAGCACCGAUUUAUAGUCCCACAUCGUAUGCGACCUUGACGCCAAUACAACCACUACCGCCCAUCUCAACAAUGUCCGAUAAGUUUGCGUACACGGGUCAUAUUUCCAACUCGAGCCCAAAUGUAGCCGGUAAUAGCAGCAGCAACAGUGUGGUAGCCGCAACGGGUCGUACCAAUAAUUCAACGGAUGUUGCUGGCAACGAUUGUAGUACCUUUGCCAGUUUACCGCUACCCAUUGAAACGGGACAUCAUCAUCAGCAUCAUCAUCAACAGCAUCAGCAUCAGCAUCAUCAACAUCACCACGGUUUGAGUUUGGGCGGUCUGCCUUAUGCCAGCUAUGAUAAGCUACCUUCACUCAUCUCAACGCCGCCGCAUAACUAUGCCAGCAGUACCUCGCCGGCACAUGAGUUGCCUGGCCUGGUUGCGGGUGCUUGUGAUUUGCAUGGACACAAUUCAACGGUCGUCGGCUCGUCGUCGUCACCGAUUGCCGGUACGGCAAUGUCACCGCACAAAUCGGUUGGGCAACUUGUGCCGGUAGUUUUGCAGAAACAGGUGCUUUGUCUUUCGCCUGGUAGUGGCCUACCCGAUGGCGUUGUCGUCAGCGACUAUGAAUCCUCUUACGGCCCGCCUCAACACGAACACGAGCUAAUUAAUGCGGCAAGCGGACGCAGCAGUUCGCAGUUGCGUUUGCAACAUAGCCCUACACUGAGUCCACAUUCAGCAGGCUCGGUAGUGUCAAUGUCCCUGCAUUCACCGGCCUCUGUCGUCACAUUGCCGCACAUGAAUGGUUCGGUGAACACUUUAGCUGUGGAUCUACCAGUUGUGGUCUCAUUAACGCCGACACCUCCUCCUCCACCUCCGCCACAGUCCGGAGACGGUGCCAGUAGCUCGUUGGGUGUCAGCUUGGAUGAGAUGUGUCAGCGGCAACAACAUCAGUCAAAUGAUUGCAUGCCCACAAAUAGUAAUCCCAAUCUGUGCAAUCUAAAUCAGUCCCAGCAUCAUCAACAAAAUGGCUUUAAUCAGGAGCAACCCAAACUGUCACCCAAGUCAGCAGCACCUCUAAACUCAACAGGUUCCGCUUCAAAUCGUUCUUCUGACCUCGAGGAGAUCAACACCAAGGAACUGGCUCAACGGAUAUCGGCGGAACUGAAGCGCUAUAGCAUUCCGCAGGCCAUCUUUGCACAGCGGGUACUCUGUCGGUCGCAGGGCACCCUCUCGGAUCUGUUGCGCAACCCCAAGCCCUGGUCGAAACUCAAGUCCGGCCGCGAAACGUUCCGGCGCAUGUUCAAAUGGCUUCAGGAACCUGAAUUUCAACGCAUGUCAGCGCUGCGCAUGGCUGCUGCUCAGAUUCCACAACGGCCAGCGAGUGGCAUCAGUGUUGCUGGUAGUGCUGCUGGCAGUGCUGGUGGUAGUGCUGCUAUUACCAGUGUUGGUUAUGCAACCACUGCUGCAACGGGUGCGGCGGCCUCUACUGCGACACUGUUGGGCAACAGCGCAACAAAUGCGGAUGCUGCCCACGUCUCGACUCUUGCUGAGAAUGAAAUGUUGAGUGGCCCUGGAGUUGUGGCCGGCUCCAAUUGUCGUCGCAAGGAGGAGCCGCACAUGGAACAAAUGCCGCAACCGAAGAAGCCACGGUUAGUUUUUACCGAUCUGCAGCGAAGGACAUUACAGGCUAUCUUUAAGGAGACAAAACGACCCUCAAAAGAGAUGCAGGUAACAAUUGCCCGCCAGUUGGGCCUCGAACCAACCACAGUGGGCAACUUCUUUAUGAAUGCUCGUCGACGAUCGAUGGACAAGUGGCGCGAUGAUGACACCAAGAAUGCUCAGCAUAAUGCACACAAUCGCCAGGAGCACCCGCAGGACGAACAGGAUAAUAGGGAAAGAGAUAUAGAUAGGGAUAGAGAAAGCAAUAGUGGACAACAUGGACAGCAUUAUGGAAGCAGUUUGCAUACGACGGCAAUGUCUCCAUUGGGCAAUUUUGAUGAUGAUGGCGAUAUGGAUUUAGAACUGGAGCAUCAUGAUUUCCUCGUGGAUGGCGAUGAGCACGAUGAUAUGUUGUGACAUAAUGGCAAAAACCCAAGAGAGCAACACAAA